AUGCCAAAACGUAAAACUAAAGAUAAGAUUGAAUAUUAUAAAAGCAAAUUACGAAAGUUGGAAAACAAAAGCCGUCGUCGGAUAAGAUGCCUAUCGCCUUCAUCGGAUUCGGAACAAGAAACAAGAGAUACAAAUUCAAUUGGAAUUGGGGAUCCCGUAACUAUGAGCUCGGUUAUUGACGCCGAGCCUGGGACAUCAAUGGAAGCACCAAAUGAAGGGGUUACUGGUCCUGAAGUCUGUAUGAAUUCACCGGGCGAUAACAAUGUGGCGAAUUCUUCAACUGUUCCCGUUUUGGAUCCAAGUAUUUUGGCAGCAUUAGGGGAAAUCACGGACGAAACCCCAGAGUUUGAACGCACCGAACGCGACAAUACGCUGUUCGGUAGCGAUCUCUCAGAAAAAAUAAAAGCCUCUAAGACUAUUGUCAAACAAGGUGAGCUGAAAGCCUCACAGGACGGCUACAGCUCAAACGAUAAGUCGAUGGAU